CGUCUUUCGGUCUUUGAAACUUUUCAAAAAUGGCGGCUCAAAUUAGCGAAGGAGUGACAAAAGAGAUUUUAAAGCCAGGCUUUGGAGAAAUGCCUAAAGUUGGCGAUAUGAUUACAGUUCAUUGUACAGGAAGCUUGGUUAACCCGCCAAAGAAAUUUUGGAGGUUAUAUGGCUUAUCUGCGUGUUGAAAUUUGCGAAUAAUAUUAGACACUUAUUAGAUUUGCUUUUAUAGUGGACACAAGUUGACACAAGACAAUCAGUAUGAGAUUACGAGUUGGAGACUGACAAUGACUGAAUUAUAACUUAAAUUGUCAGCCUUGAGUGUAAACUUUGUUUCGUGUGUACUCAAGCAAACUUGGGAAUUAGUGAAGUAUAAAAACUAGAGCAUUAGCAGGCAAAAUGAAACCUUGCAAUAAUAAGACUUUCUUUUGCAGUACAAGCGAUCCAGGACAGCAGCCAUUUAGUUUCCAAGUCGGUUUAGAGAAAGUUAUUAAAGGUAUCAUUGUCUAUUUUUUUUUUUUGCACUACAACAUACAAUAAAUAACUAGCAUUGCUUCAGGCAGGUAUAAAGGUCGGACCAGAUGGCUAGUCGGACUUUACUCGACCCUAACUCUGUCGCUGGUAUAAAAGUUGGACCGGAUUGCUUGUCCACUUUGGGUCAGGAUUGGGUCUGAUCCGGCUUUUAUACCAGCCUCGUUAUUACACUGUGUAAUUACACUUUCUAAUAACUACCACCAAUGUUUUUGUCUAAUUAUUUCCCCAGGUUGGGAUGAAGGUUGUCUCACUAUGAAGAAAGGUGAAAGAGCAAGAUUUGUUUUACAAGCACACAAGGCUUAUGGUUCUGGUGGUUUUCCGGCAUGGGGAUAUCCUUUUUAUACGACAUUGUGAUCUCUUGAUUUCCAUUGGUCAUACUGACAGCAACAACAAUGACACCAAUAAGAACAACAAUUACAAGACCACCACAAAUGUGCACAAACAAACAAACAAACAAACAAACAAACAGUAGCUGCAAUGAUACAUUCAUAGCAAGUACAACUCACUACAACACCUACAAACAAUCACAAAACAACAACAAUACGAACUACAACAACAGUGACUACAACACCAACAAGGGCACAACACCACCAACAAUAUCUAGGUCCAGAUAUUGUAUUUCAAGUCUGUUGCCUAUGCCGAGAACAGAUUGUCUGAACAUUGGCUACAACAUCUAACUCAUUGGUUAAAAACAAAGUACCAUCAUUAGUUGAAAACAAAGUACCAGACUGUAAUAUUGGCGUACCUACUGUACAUAAGAACGCAAAAUAUCGCACCCCAAGUCACAUAUAAUUAUCUUUAUCUGCAUAAAGUAUUCUAUCCUUUGUUGUACUGUUUUCUUUAACUUGGCUUACAAUCCCACAGAAUGCACCUCUAGAAUUUGACAUUCAAUUACUGAAGAUUAAUAACAGAUAGAAACAGCAUAAAGAAUUGAAAAAAUAUUGAACUGAAUUUCUGCAUGUAGUUCAUAAUGUACUAUUAGGAAAUAGCUUUGUAAUGUAUUAACUGGUAAUAAUGCUGUGAAUUUUGAUUAAAUAAAUAAAAUACUGGUAGUGGAUACCAAAUAGUGGUUGGGCAUUGUUUCGUCUUUCUUUUGUGGGUAGUUCUAAACUCUUAUAAGUGUCAAUACAAAUUAUGGAGCACCGUAUAAUAUGGAAACCACCUAUAUUACUAUAUAAUGAAAGCAAAGCAAUUUGCAAACCGGUAGAAAUGGAAAAAAUAAGCAAUGUUCCCCUAAACAGUCUGUACUGUAGUUUGCAAAUUAAACAGCGUACCUGAAUUGCGUGUGAAAACUCUUAAGUUUGAAAAAUACAUAUUUUAUUUAUUACAUAGAUUAUACAUUAAAUUUCUACAUUAUUACAACUUGUGAUUAAAAACACAUUGAUUAAAAGAUAAGUUGCUCAAAAAGUCGAAUCUUACUUUGCGGAAGCGUAUCAACCGUAUGGCAACGUUUGCUCAAAGCGCACAAACCAGGAAACAUUGACAUUGUUUCCUAGCCAUGGCUCCCAAAGGUAGAGAAAAACCAGAAAACAUUGUUUUCUAGCCAUGUUUUCCAAAGGUGGGCAAACCAUUACCAUGCAGGAAACAUUGUUUUCUGACCAUAUUUUCCAAAGUUGGGCAAACCAGGAAACAACAAACCGCAACAAAAAAGAUUGCGCUUGGGAAACAAAACGUUUCUGAAGUUCUUGGGAAACAAAUCAUGUUUCCGUAACAGGUUUCGAGGGAUGGAAAAUGAAGUCUCCACGUUUGCCUAGAGGCUUAGGCGACCUCGAACAACUAAAUAAAUCCUAAAUCGUAAAUAUUUAUAUUGCCAAUAAAAAGUUUCAUAAACUUACAGUACCUAAUUAUUGUUAUCAUCUUCUAGAAAUGAUCUAACAUUCGUUUUGAAUCGAAUCCAAAAAGUGAAUUUGACCAUAAUGGGGAUAAGACAUAUACUGUAUCGCUAAUUGUAAAACUCGGUCACAUAAUAUUUAAAACCCAAUAAAUAAUGACUAAUAUUUCUAUACUAACUGUGCUAUAACCCACUGUUAAAUAGUGGACAUAUUAGAAUUGUUUCCCUGGGAAUCGAAUUAUCGAAGAACAAGUGACAAGCACUACAUUGGUAGCAACAUUAAAGUUUAUGAAUUGAUGGUUUCAAUAAGCUUCAGGAGUUCAUGAGACGGAUGAAUCGGAUGAAAGUCAACUUCACAAAUAUUGACAUCUAUAUUGGAACAAGAAAAUUAUACUACAUUUCCCAUUUCUAAUGUACCAAAAAAAAGAUUUGCAUUUUUUCAUUCUGAUAACUACAGGUUGACCACCAUCUGCUGCGCGCCUGCGCGAUAGUUCUUAGUGAAACCCUAACUAAAUGUCAGCUACCAACCGAGUGCUUGCCAACUAGAUUCAGCUAAUAUAUUAUUUCAACGAUUCCGUAUCGUUUAUUUGAACAUAUCGUCCAGUUCCGAGUUCAGGUUAUCCAACAUUCCUUGGAUGUCAUUGAAGAGCGAGUCUGUUUUACUGCAAA